AUUGUUUAUUUCUGUACUUGAUGACAUGAAAUACAACAUUGUUAACAAUCAUUAGUGCAGUGAAAUAAACAGGCAUUCAUAGGGGCAAAACAUACUUAAACAACUAAAAUUAGCAUCUGGGAUGUUUUCUCCAGUUGGAGUGGAGGUUCAUCUGCUUCCACAGUAUCAUUUCAAAAUCAAAUGGCAGAGAGAAAUGGGACAAUGGUUAAAGUACAAUUUUUGCUACAACAUCUUCCACAUCUUGUGAAAGAGUUAACCUGGGAACUACAGAAUGAAUUUUCUAAGUCCCUUAAUCCUCAGAAAGAGUCUGGGAAUGAUUGGCGCAUAGUAGCUUCACGGCUUCAGUUCUCAAGCAUUAUUCCUCAUCUGGAACAGAAGUCUAAUCCAACUAUUGAACUGUUAAGAGAAUGCACUGUUACCACUUGUAAAGAGCUGCUGGAGAUUCUUGUGGAUGUCAGGAGAUCUGAUGUUCUGGAUGACAUCAUGAAAUUUAUAAACAAUGGAAGCACAAGCUAUGCAGGGCUUCUGGGUGCCAAGCUUUCCAAAGAAGAGAGCCUUGAUGGUGAUAGCAGUUCUAAAUUGUCAUGGCCCUUGCAAGAUUCGGGAAAUUGCAGUUCCAUGGCUGACAGCAGCAUGUCAAAGUUAAAGUUAGGGCCACAAGAAUCAGAAGAAAAUGGUAAGUGUAAUUAUUUGUGCCUGGUCUGGGUGAAGGGUCACAGGUUUUAUGGGUAGUUACUUAAUAAGUAGCAUUAGACUAUGUAUAUCAAGAGCAGUCUUGGUUCAAUCCCUAACUUAUGCCAGUUAUUGUGUUCUUGCACAGCACAGUUUAUUGAGGCUCUCUAUGGGGUUAACCAUUAGCUGCAAAACAGGCCAAACAUUUAUCUGUUAGGUGUAAAAAUUGCCAAAUUUUAACCCUUAGUAGCAUUGGCUGUAAAAUGGGCCAAAAUGUAGCUGUGACAGUGUAGGUGUAAAAAUUGUGAAAUUUUAACCAUUAAGGUAUUAACCAGAAAUAAAAAAAGUUAGCCACAAAAGUGUUACUGUCUGUAACUGUAUUGUGUCUUUUUUGUGGCUAGUGUAAUACAUGUGCAAAAUGCAGCUUAACACUAGCAGGGUCCGAAAUUAACUUUUUUCGGCAGGCGCCA